GUGGUGGAGAUAAGGUUGUAAUCCUGAGACGCCCUCGGACACGUUUCUUUAUUUUUAUAUAUGUUUUAAUCCAGCGCGGACUGCUUUGCGUCUUAAACCGAAGCUCUUCUGGUCUGGGAGUGACAGAGGAGCUGCAAACAACCCGGAAUAACUUCACGUUUCCUUGAAAUUGAAGGCGAAUUCGGGCCGGGGAGGGGGGGGACAGAGGACUGGUAAUCCUGAGGGGGGAAGAAAGACGGUGGUGGGAAAUGGCCACUCAGGUGGAGGCUCUCCUGCCCGGCAACCCGCUUGCCAAAGCGGAGGAGCACGGCGAAGUGAUCCGUGGCGAGCCGGAGGUGGAAGAGAGGGGCCGGGGCGACGGGGCCAAGCCAGAGACGGGUGUCGCCGAACAGGGGAGCAGCGGCGGCGGCUGCUGCCCCGGGCAGGGAGGCACCCACGGCGACACGGCUGAGGAGCAGACCCCAAAAGAGGCGACAGAGGGGGGCAAGGAGGAUUGUGACAGCGGCGACAAGCAAAACGAGGAGGGUGUUAAAGGCAGCAGCAGAAAGGAGUUUACUGAAGCUCCCCCGCCCAAGGUGAACCCGUGGACGAGGAAAAUGAAUGCGGUGACCGUGGUCAGCGUGAAUGGACAAGCACACCACGAGUCUACCGGCCCCGCCAAGGUGGUGAGAGCAGGGAAUCCACCCAAGGCCAGGCGUGGAGGAAAGGUUGGAGAUUUUGGUGACACUAACAGCUGGCCAACUCCAGGGGAGAUUGCGACUAAAGACAUGCAGAUCGAGGCAGUGACACGGACCGUGUCCUGCCCGCCGACUGUCAGGCAGGUCAGAGACUCAUGGAGAUUCACUGGCCCCAAGAGGACAACAGUCAAGAAGGAGUUAAAGGAGAAGAGAGAGAGCAACGAGGAAAGCAAGGAGAACCUGAAGGCUAAGUCAGAUGACUCUGGAGAGGAGAAGAACGGCGAUGAUGACUCCCAGAAAAAUGGACCGAAGAAAAAAGGAAACAAGCAGAAGUGGGUUCCCCUGAUGAUCGAGGUGAAGUCCGAGGGUCCCAGGGAGCGCUCGGCCUCCAGGAACAACAGCAGACAAAACGAAAACCCCCGUCUGCCUCCCAACGCCAGGAACGACCUCAGAGACUGGCACAGUCAAAAGUAUGAGCGGGAGUGGCGCGACGACCACGAUGAGGUGUCCAGUGUGAAGAGCGAGGGGGCGCCGUUCCGCGGAGGGUUCAGAGGUCGCGGACGCGGUAGAGGAAGAGGCCGGGGACGAGGCAGAGGCGGUAGAGGCCACUACGACUAUCACUACGGCUACAAAUCCUACGACAUGAAAGACGGACCCUACGGCCAGAAGUUCAGCAACUCAGUGACCUACUACUACGACAAUAUGAGCAGCAGCGACCUUUAUUCCGUCGAUCAGGACCUGCUGAAGGACUACAUCAAGAGGCAGAUUGAGUACUACUUCAGCCUGGACAACCUGGAGCGCGACUUCUUCCUGCGGAGGAAGAUGGAUCAGGAGGGCUUCCUGCCCGUCGGACUCGUCGCCAGCUUCCACAGAGUGCAGGCCCUCACCACCGACGUCAACACCAUCAUGGAAGCUUUGAAGGACAGUAAGGAAGUGGAAGUGAUCGACAUGAAGAUCCGUCGGAAGGUGGAGCCAGAGAAGUGGCCUCUGCCGGGCCUGACCAUGCCCAACCAGACCCACACCGACUUCUCUCAACUCAUAAACUGCCCAGAGUUUGUUCCGAGACAGAUAACGGAGGAGCCCAGAGGUUCUCCCAGGUCCUCCACACCCGUGAAAUACCAGACCAAGACUGAGUCAGACAUCUCCAACCUUAAGACGAUGCCCAAGGGCCUCUCUGCCAGCCUCCCCGACCUGGACUCGGAGUCCUGGAUUGAGGUCAAGAAGAGACCCAGACCUUCCCCAGCUAGACCCAAGGUCAGCACAGAGAAGGCCCCCUCGUUGCAGCAGCAGAAGGAAAAGGACGAUUUGAAUCGCUCUCCGGUGCCCCAGUCUGGCUCCUCAUCCUCGCCCGCUGCCCCAGGAAAUAAGGGGGGAGCUGAACAGGACGAACCGGAGGAGCUCGACUUCAUGUUCGACGAGGAGAUGGAGCAGAUGGACGGACGUCGCAACACCUUCACCGACUGGUCGGACGAGGAGACGGACGGUGAGAUAGACGACCACGAUGUCAACAAGAUCCUGAUCGUGACGCAGACGCCGCCUUACCUGAGGAAGCACCCGGGGGGCGACCGCACCGGACACCACACAUCGCGUUCCAAGCUGACCAACGAGUUGGUCAAGGUGAUCAACGACGGGCUCUUCUACUAUGAGCAGGACCUGUGGGACGACACAUACGAGCCCGAGUACGCCACCAUUAAGCAAGAGGUGGAAAACUUCAAGAAGGUCCACCUGAUAAGCCGCGAAGAGUUUGACUGCCUGACUCCCGAACCCCCUGUGGACCCCAACCAGGAAGUCCCCCCAGGACCCCCAAAACCUCAUCAGAUCCCCACAGACGCUCUGGCAAACAAACUCUUCGGUGUCCCAGAGCCCUCCUCAAUAGCACGCUCGCUCCCAACUACCGUGCCUGACUCGCCCAACUACCGCAGUGCCCGUACACCCCGCACGCCUCGCACCCCUCAUAGGAAGGACGCCACCAUGACGCCACGCUUCUACCCAGUGGUGAAGGAAGGCCGGCCUGUUGAUGCCAAGACGCCCAGGAAGAGGAAGACCCGACACAGCUCCAACCCGCCCAUGGAGUGUCACGUCGGCUGGGUGAUGGACUCCAGAGAGCAUCGCUCCCGUACCGCCUCUGUCAGCUCUAACGCCAGCCCAUCAGAGGGCACUCCCGCUCUGGGUAACAUUGGAUGCACGCCCCAGUCCCUCCCCAAGUUCCAGCAUCCAUCCCACGAGCUGCUCAAGGAGAAUGGCUUCACGCAACACGUUUACCACAAGUACCGCCGGCGCUGCCUAAAUGAGCGAAAGCGGCUGGGAAUCGGCCAAUCGCAGGAGAUGAACACACUGUUCCGCUUCUGGUCAUUUUUCCUGCGAGAUCACUUCAACAGGAAGAUGUAUGAGGAAUUCAGACAGCUGGUGGUAGAGGACGGGAAAGAAGGAUACAGGUACGGUUUGGAGUGCCUGUUCAGGUACUACAGCUACGGUCUAGAGAAGAAGUUCAGGCCAGACAUCUUUAAGGACUUCCAGGAGGAGACCAUGAAAGACUACGAAGCUGGCCAGCUGUAUGGACUGGAGAAGUUCUGGGCCUUCCUUAAAUAUUCCAAAAUCAAGACCUUGGAGAUCGACCCCAAGCUGCAUGACUUUCUGAGGAAGUUUAAACGUCUGGAAGAUUUCAGAAUUGACCCGCCUAUGGAGGACGGAGGCCGCAGAAGACACUCAUCCAGCGGGGACGGUCGUCGCCGGCAUCCCUCUCUGCCCUCCAGCCGGCCCCACAGCCAGGCCAGCUCAGGACCCAGCCCCGCCCUCACCACCCAGGGCCCCGCCCUCACCACCCAGGGCCCCGCAGCCAAGGAUGAUGCCAAACCCGCCUGCCAGAGAGCCCUCGCCGUUGACCUCGCACCAGAUGCCAAGACACUGAAGUAACUCCACAAACACGCCGCCACACACGGAUCAACUCAAACACGUCUGCAAGUCGCCGGUUCUCUCUGUGCCACAGGAGGGGGGAGGGGGGCAACCUGCCCUUCAAUCAAGCAUGAAAAGUUUUUUUUUUUUCUGUUUUUUUUUGAGAAAUGAGAAAGAAAAUAACUAAAAUGGCGCAGUUUAUUAAUAUGUUUUAAGGUUUUGAGAAAAAUAUUUUUUUGUCUUAAUGAGGCAAGGAAUGGAAUUUUAUUUUUUACAAACCAGUCCACACGGUGGAUGGUUUACUGGUCAUUUACUAUCCUGGAUUUUUUGUUUUUUUCAUGUUCUCCCCCCUCUCUGUCACUGGGACCCCUCUUUGAUCGUCACUGUCCUGCUGGCUGAAAGAUAUCUGAUUCCUCACCCAGAUCUCAGAUUUAUGAUUAUUAUUUCUUCGGCGUGUGGCGGGUUUGGAGACUUGGAAAUAAUUUGAACAAGGCUGAGCAUCUGAAAGCCCUGCUAGCAGCCCGCUGGAGGCCGCGCUGCUCCCGACAUCCAACCGGACCAAAGUGGUUUGAACCGAGCGACUGACAUUUCCAUCCGCAGAGCCCCAGAGUGCUCUCAGCUCUCAGGCUAAAAAUUACAACUAUUUGAUUUACUUUAUGGCUGGAUUUUGAGGGGGAAAAUAUUAAAGAACCAAAUGAUAAAGAGGAAAAAAGAGACUUGUACCAAUCCCUCAGUAUGGACACGAUCAUUGAAAGUUGCCUUAUUUUAAUGGUUUUACUGCUUCUAACUUGUGCCCGCCACCUUAUUGUCGAUUGUACAGCAUUGAAUUCAACCAUAUAUCCAGUCACCGUUUCCAGCAGAGGCCACUACGUGGUGCCGUGUCUGCCAAAACCCCCCUCACUCUCCUCCGUCACUUUUUCUGAACUGUCUUCCAGGUGUCACUCGGUCUGUUACAAGUCCUGUAAUUCUUCCCUGUGUUUGCAAGUUGUGGCUUUUUGUGCUGAAACACCUCGACCUCUUGGAACUUUUCCGCCUUUCCCUCCCCCCCGAAAAAAACAAAACAAAAAACACUUCAGUGGGGUGGAGAGUUGGACCGGAGGGUCCUUAAGCUCUCCUACAUGAUCUCCCUUUGGGUGCUUCCUGACUUUUUUUUGUUCCGCUCUGCCUCCCUGUCACACGAGCUGCAUCCAUCCGUUCAUCCAUCCGUUUGACAUCCAUCCAUCAGUCGACCAUCAGUGAUGCUACAGGACUGGAAUCAUCUAUCUGGAUUACUUGAAGAACCGAUGGUUACGAGGAGGGCCGUCAUUCUCUGACACAGGUGCUCUGGGUGGAGACGCUGGCCGGGCUGUAGUGAGGCUCAGACAUUUGGCCUCUGGCUUCGCUGUUAAAAAAGAAGUUUGCUCGGCCAACCCGCUGCUCAAAGAGGCUGAU